UCGCAGCCCGGUCACAUUUGGUGCUGGAAGGAGGAAGCGGUGACGCACCUGGAGACUGCAGUUCUGGGUCCUUCUCACAGCUCUUUCACCAUGCCUGGGUCACUUCCUUUGAAUACAGAAGCUUGUUGGCCCAAAGAUGUGGGAAUUGUUGCCCUUGAAAUCUAUUUCCCUCAAUACAUUGAUCAAGUAGAGUUGGAAAAAUAUGAUGGUGUAGAUGCUGGCAAGUAUACUAUUGGCUUGGGUCAGGUCAAGAUGGGCUUCUGUACAGAUCGAGAAGAUAUCAACUCUCUUUGCCUGACUGUGGUUCAGAAUUUGAUGGAAAGAAACAACCUUUCCUAUGAUUGUAUUGUGCGGCUAGAAGUUGGAACAGAGACAAUCAUUGACAAAUCAAAAUCAGUGAAGACAAAUUUGAUGCAGCUGUUUGAGGAGUCCAGGAAUACAGAUAUAGAAGGAAUUGAUACAACUAAUGCCUGCUACGGAGGCACAGUUUCUGUCUUCAAUGCCAUUAACUGGAUUGAGUCCAGCUCUUGGGAUGGACGAUAUGCACUGGUUGUUGCUGGAGAUAUUGCUAUAUAUGCCACAGGAAAUGCCCAACCCACAGGUGGAGUUGGAGCCGUGUCUCUGCUCAUUGGCCCAAAUGUUCCUUUAGUUUUUGAGCAUGGGCUUUUUGGGACACAUAUGCAACAUGCCUAUGACUUUUACAAGCCUGAUAUGCUUUCUGAGUAUCCCAUAGUAGAUGGAAAACUCUCCAUUCAGUGCUACCUCAGUGCAUUAGACCGCUGCUAUUCCGUCUACCGCAAAAAGAUCCAAGCUCAGUGGCAGAAAGAGGGAAAGGAUAAAGAUUUUACUUUAAAUGAUUUUGGCUUCAUGAUCUUUCACUCACCAUAUUGUAAACUGGCUCAGAAGUCUCUGGCUCAGAUAUUACUGAAUGACUUUCUUAAUGACCAGAACAGGGAUAAAAAUAGCAUCUACAGUGGCUUGGAAACCUUUCGGGAUAUUAAAUUAGAAGACACUUACUUUGACAGGGAUGUGGAAAUGACAUUUAUGAAGGCUAGUACUGAACUAUUUAACCAGAAAACAAAGGCAUCUUUGCUUGUAUCAAAUCAAAACGGAAACAUAUAUACAUCGUCAGUAUAUGGUUCGCUUGCUUCUGUUCUAGCACAGUACUCACCUCAGCAGUUGGGAGGAAAGAGUAUUGGAGUGUUAUCUUAUGGUUCGGGCUUGGCUGCUACCCUGUAUUCUCUUAAAGUUACACAAGAUGCCACACCAGGGUCUGCUCUUGAUAAAAUAACAGCAAGUUUGUAUGAUCUUAAAUCAAGACUAGAGGAUGAUACUGGUUCUGGAAUCUGGAUAUUAAUUUAA